UUGUGUGUAAAAUGAUAGGACAGUCUGCCUACGUUCAUCGCAAAGAACAAUAGUCUCUUUAUGCAUUUUGUCAGUAAAACACUUGACACGAUAUACACUUUAUACGGUGCAAGCUACUAGUCUGAUCAUUUACAAAAGUUACCUGUUACGAUACACUAGUGUGUUUCGACGAUGGAGUUUUGUUGCAAGUUCUACGGGAGCAUAGAAUUCAAGGUAGUGUUAUUCGGCAUAUUGCUGUGUCUCGUGACGCUAAAUGGUGCUCAAUCCGAUUGCAAAUACUUUCAACAGUUGCAAGCUGAUCAAACAUAUUAUGCAUAUAAUCCUGGAUUUCCCAAUAUGUAUGAAGGUGAAAAGCAUUGCGUUUGGGAAACGGAAGGUCGCUCUGUUACUCAAGUAAAUUGUUCCAAUGACAUGAAUAAUUACUGUCAAGAUACACUUACAGUUCAAUUUGACGGAAAUAAUAAAUAUACUUCUUGUGGUUAUAAUGAAUUUAUUCUUCAAGGGAUGAAUCCAAUUAUAAGAUUCGACUCUUGGUCAUCUAACUCGCAAGGUCAAUUUUUAUGCGAAAUUAAAACUUUAAACAAUCAAUGCCAAUGCGGUUGGAGCAAAGUUACUAGGAUAGUAGGCGGUAGGGAAACUGGAAUUAAUGAAUAUCCCAUGAUGGCUGGGCUUGUUAGUUACGGACGACGAGAGUUAUUUUGCGGCUGUACUAUAAUAUCUUCAGAAUACAUAUUGACAGCAGCUCAUUGCUUAAAAGACCAAGACAUAAUAGGUGACAUAGCCGCACUUGUUGGUGAACACGAUACAACGACGGGUGACGAAACCAAAGCAACCGUUUUGUACCGCCUGGAAGGAUGCGUGAUCCAUCCUAAUUACUACGAAAACACUGGUGACAAUGACGUUGCUGUUUGUAAGACUUCUAAAACCAUCACGUUUAGUGCUAACGUUGGUCCAGCUUGUUUACCAUUUCGACUUAGAUACAAAUCGUUUGCUGGUAGUAACGUCACUGCCUUAGGCUGGGGUAUGAUGGAAUUUGGAGGACCUAAAGCGACAAGGCUUCAAAAAGUGAAUUUAAAUGUAAUAACUCUUGAAGAAUGUCAAAACAGGCUUCCCAAUCAAGGGAUAAAGGUUCAAGACUUGUGUACUUAUACUGACGGAAAGGAUACUUGUCAGAUGGACAGUGGCGGGCCUCUUCUAUGGCAGGAUCCUAUCACACAUAAUUUGGUGAUAGUUGGUAUUAUAUCUUCCGGUGAAGGUUGUGCUUCAAAUUCUCCUGCUAUCUCAAAACGAGUAGGAUAUUUCGUCGAUUGGAUAACAUCCGUAACAUCUGGUGCACAAUAUUGCGCAGUUGAAUGAGCUCUGCAUAGUUAAAUGGAAGAUUUGUUUUACCAGCUUAUGGACUUUUGUUGGUAUUUUGUCAUGUUCUUGCAAGAUAUAUACUAAAUAUUAUGGAUUGUACUUGUACAAAUACAUGUAUCUACAUACAAAUAUAAGCGUAUAAAAAUGCACAUACAAUACUAUAAGUAUACAUAAAUACGUGCGCGCGUGUGUGUGCGUGUGCAUGUGCGUGCGUGCGUGUGUGUGUGUUUAAUGCAUAAUACGUAUAUAAUAAAUAUUAUAUACGUGCAAUGUGUGCACAAUUAAUGAAACUAAAAAGUGUAUUUAAAAGAUAUACAAAUAUUAUUGAGCACCAAGAUUUGUGGCCAAAAA